AUGCUCUACUUUCACAAUGGGCAUCAUCAACAACUUUUGUCCAUGCAACAACAAUGCAAACAGGCCACAAGCGUUGGAGAUCUACAUCGUUUAGCUUUCGAUAUUGAUUCAUUUUGCCACUAUCUUCAUAAUCAUCACACGAUCGAAGAUAAACACGUGUUUCCUUCAAUUGCCCGUAAAAUUGAUAUCUCGCAUUUAGAAGCUCAUCAUAAACAACUUACACAACUGCUCGCUGAUUUUAAAAAUUGUUCGAAUCGCCUGAAACAACUCAACAGUUCAAACAAAGAUAUCAGUGCUAUUGUCCUGGAUACCACCUCACUCGUCAAUAAAGUAUCAACAUUGGUUAAUGAACAUGAAAGAGCCGAAGAACAAGUUAUUGCACCGGAUAAUAUGAAAAAAUGGUUUACAGAGAGCGAAAUGAGACAACUUUUUCAGACGUAA